UCAAGCAGCAACACAAGAGAAACGGAACCAAAUCCUAAAACCAAAUGGCCCCCUCUUCUUUCUUCCUUGUCGUCGCUGCUUUUCUGGCGUUGGUCUCAUGGCAGGCCAUAGCAUCCGAUCCUAGCCCUCUCCAAGACUUUUGUGUCGUCGAUAAGAACUCUCCAGUGCUUGUCAAUGGGUUUACUUGCAAGAAUCCAAUGGAUGUCAGUGCAGAUGACUUCUUCAAGGCAGCUAACCUUGACAAGCCUAGGGUGACCAACAAGGUUGGAUCCAACGUCACCUUAAUCAAUGUCAUGCAGAUCGGUGGCCUCAACACUCUAGGCAUCUCACUCGCACGCAUCGACUAUGCACCCUUAGGUCAGAACCCACCACACACGCACCCUCGUGCCACCGAGAUCCUGACGGUGCUUGAGGGGACAUUGUAUGUUGGCUUUGUCACGUCCAACCCGGAAAACAAGUUCCUCUCCAAGGUGCUUAACAAAGGUGAUGUGUUUGUGUUCCCUGUGGGGCUCAUCCACUUCCAAUUCAACCCCAACCCCUACAAACCAGCGGUUGCAAUUGCUGCUCUUAGUAGCCAGAACCCAGGGGCUAUCACCAUUGCCAAUGCCGUGUUUGGAUCAAAGCCACCAAUCUCAGAUGAUGUUCUUGCAAAGGCGUUUCAAGUGGAGAAGAAGAUGAUAGACUGGCUUCAGGCUCAAUUCUGGGAGAACAACCACAACUAAGUCAACUUUGGUUGACCCACAUGGAAAUCCUAUGUUUGUAGUGUGCAAAGAACCUUCCUUUUUCUUGGCCCAGCAGUAUGAAUGUACUUCCUCCUUUUUAAUAAUUAUUAGUAUUGGUUUUUAUUAUGUAUGCAUCAUAUGGUACUCUCGUGUGUGU